AGUUUUAUGCCUCUAUGGGAGAUCAUUGACGAAAGAUGGGACGAACGACUCCACGGCCCUUUGCAUGCAACAGGCUAUUUUCUUAACCCUGAGUUUCACUAUAGCAAUGGGUUUAGAGAUGAUAUUGAAGUUAAAGGUGGUCUACAUGAUUGUAUCACAAGGAUGGUGGCCGAUUCCGAAGAGAGAGCUAAGAUUGAAAUUCAACUUGAUGAUUUCGAUAAAUGGGCAAACGAUAUGACUCAUCCUGUAGCCGUAACGACAGCUGGUAAUGAGGUUCCAUCAGUUUGGUGGAGCGCCUUUGGAGAGGGACUACCGGAGCUCCAAAAAUUUGCAUGUCGUGUAUUAAGCUUGACAUGCAGUUCUUAUGGGGGUGAUCAUAAUCGGAGUGCAUUUGAGAUGGUCCAUGCUAAGAGAAGAAACUCUUUGUGGCAAAAUAUUUAUAAUGAUUCUCUCUUUGUCAUGGCUAAUUCAAAAUUGGCUGAAGACAAAGCAAGAUGGUUUAUUGAGCUACUUCAAAAUCUGAAGGAUAAUGGAAACAGUGAAGGUACUCCAUAUCUUAAGUCUCUACAUGACGUGAUUGCUGAUUUGUAUGAUGAAUAUGGAGUUGGAGAUGAAGUUCAAGAUAGAGACAAAGAUGAAGAUCAAAUGGAAGAUUCUGAUUAAAUUUGAAAGAUUUUCUAGAUUAAAUACCUAGAAUUUGACUAUUAUUGAUGUUUAUGUCUUGGUACUUUUUAAAAGCUUAAUACUAUAUAGCUUAAGGUUUUAAUUUGUGACUUAUGAAUUGUGUUUGGCUUUCUUAAGGUAGUAAAAAUCCCUUAGUUCAUGACCUUGUUGAUUUAUCUGUAUGUUUGUUACUUGCUGAUGAAUUCUUCUAUGUAAGCCAA